CUCUUGCAGCGAUGACAUCAACCAAGUUGUCUGCUGAAGGCGCUUGGACCUUUGCUCUCGCCUUCAUGCCUGUGUCUUGCGACCCUCCUCUUGCCCACAUCGGGUCUCGUUGGGCUGCCCUCUUGUUCCGAAGAGCUCAUCUGCCUCCCUACUCUCCCGAUCAGCGGCUGGUGGUCAUGACUUGAUUGGGUCCGUCACGAUUCACAGUCGCUCACCUGCAACCAUCGACCUACUCACUCGUUGAGGGAUCCUCUCCUCUCCCUUACUCGAGCCCCGCGCACUCGUACAGGGCAUGACGAGCGGCUGCCUGGAGUCAGGUCAUUGAGCGGGAUGGAGUUGGCGGGCUUGAGGAGCCGCCGGCAGCCCUUACGACAGUCUGAUGGUGCAGGUCCGGCCAGGGGAGGAGGAGGAAGCAGGCUGGGCGACGGGUCAGUCUUGCUGUCGUGGCAGGUAGAGCUGUCGCUGUCCUCGGUCAUUGCCACAUGCCUUGCCGUGCAUACGUUGCUUGCAGUCAGUGUUUGAUCGUCAAGCAGGGGACCUCAAUCUCCUCCCUGCUGCUUUCUGUGGGGCUGUUCGACUUGGUGCUUGCUUGGGUCACGCUGAUGUCUCUUGCAGCGACGAGACGUGCGAGGCCAGUACCUGAUCGUCGUGGAGUAGAUAUCAGGUCCAUUUCCGUCUUGUGAAACUUUU